AAAAACUGAGCACUCGCAACGGAAGACUCAGAAAGCUGCAGCGCCAAAAACGGAAGCGAAACGCUGAAGGCAACCGAUUUUCAUAUGCAUUUUUAUUUUGGCCAUUUAUUGCUGCCAUGAGCCCAGCCCGAGUAAAUGCCAUAAGCGUAUUAACGCAAUUCAAUUUGCCCUGUUUGCACAACAACAAUAACAACAGCAAAAGGAACAACAAUUGCAACAACAACAACAUCAACGUAUACAUAACAAUGCACAAACAAACUCGCACACUCACACACACACUCUGUCACACACACUCACACACAUAUGCCAAAAACUCCAUGAUGUCCAGGAGUCGACGGCCAACAGCCACGUCCAAUGGGCCAUUAUCAUGCAGCAGCAUGCGACGUGUCCUCAUGCCUCUUUCAGCGUGUUGGCUAACAAAGUUGCUACAACAACUGCGACAACAACAACAACACCAACAGCCGAAGCACCAGCAACACAGCGACAGCAGUUUGAGAGCCUAUGCGUACACUGAGAGAAACGACGAAAAAGGAAGUGAGAGUGAGUGGUGCUAUGCGGUGGUGUACGGAGUCGGAGUCCUCGUGAUCUGCCUUUGCAACUGA